AUGGUCUCUGGAGAGAUGACAUCUUUUAGACUCGAGCUAGCCAAAUUAAAUUCCUGUAUCACAGAAUUUAGUAAUCGCGUGGACAUUAUUGAGGAGCGUUUAUCUUCAUUGGAGCAGCAGAAAGCAGGUAGCAGCCUGAACCGGGACGAUAUCUCUCAUGAAGUAGUUACUCAACUUCGUUCUGAGCUUAAUGACCGGGAGCAAGAAUGCUUCUCUAAUGAUCUGGAGAUAUCAGGCUUGGCAGAAAAGUCCGGAGAAAAUGUGAUUCAAAUUGUCACGCUGGUGGCCAAGAAAAUAGGCGUUAAUCUUCAGGACGUCGACAUUGUGAGCGCGCAGCGAUCGGGUCCGCGUCGCGAUACUUUGAGUAGCGGCGAGCAGCCGCGCCCGCGUCCUAUCACUGUACGGUUGACGCGGCGCGCAUUGCGCGCUGAUAUGUUACGAGCGGCGCGUGUACGACGAGGCGCCGACUCCUCGAGCGUUAUAGACGGAGAGCCGCGCCGUUUCUACGUCAAUGAGCGCCUUACGAAAUUAAAUAAAUUCAUAUUUUUCAAAGCCAAAGAAGAAGGCCGGAAUAAAGAUUGGAAAUACAUUUGGACGAAGGGCGGGCGCAUUUAUGUUAGACGUACCUUUGAUGCCCCAGUGCACCGAGUACGAGGAGAGGGUGACAUCAAAAAAAUUUUUGGAGACAGCUAA